CAGGCUGUUAAAGUUUACUCACGUCAGUGACAAUCCGGUUCAGCUAUCACCAUGGCAGAAAUUGGGCUUUUGAGACAUCUGUUGUUUCUACUGUUAUGUGUUCGGGCCACUCUCUGUGGAUCCAUUAACAUGAAGGGCUCUGGAGUGUAUUCCGUUCUGGGGAGUGAGUUCACGUUUACCUGCGAGGUUGUCAAUGCGAAUGUCGCGGGGUUAUUUACAUUCAGGAUACGUGAUAACCUUUCAUUUCGAUCUGUCUGCCAUGUAGCAGUAGACACAGGGCAACAGAUAACGGGGAAUAACAGGACCCAAUGUUCAGAUGAAGACGGACAACGACACACGUACACAUUGACCAUCAGGGAUGUUUCUCGGGAUGACUCUACUGAUUGGCAGUGCCAGGGAGGAGGGAUGAGGAGCAACACGGUUACUUUGGAUGUGCGAUAUCCUCCAAAAGUUGCAAUACAGGCCGUGAAGCCAUGCUCUGGACUAACCUUCCUGGUCGACGAAUCCAAUGUGUCCCUCAACUGCACUGUCAAGGGAGGUAACCCUGCACCCACCACCUUCACUUGGUACCACGGAGAUGUCGUGUUGAAGAGUGGGGCCGAUCAGAUCUACACCCUCGACCGUGUGGCGAGAUCCAAUCAGGGGAAGUACAGAUGCACGGCAGAUAAUGGCAUAUCGCCUCCGGGACAGGCUAAUGUGAAAGUCACCGUCCAUUAUCCACCUUUCGUGCACAUGGACGGUACCAGGAGAGUGGUCAACGAGUCUGAUGAUUUGACCAUCCACUGUGCAGCAGAAGCAAACCCGGAAGUGACGUCAAUAGUUUGGACAAAGAAAGGUGUAGGCGGUUUCAUCUCUGCCAAUGGGACGCUUCAUAUAAAGAACAUACGUAAGACUGAUGCAGGAGUAUAUGUCUGCACAGCCACCAACACAGUCACACCGUGCAGGGGAAAACCACAGAAGAAACGCUCAUCUUUGUCUGUGAGCCUGGAGAUGCUCCUCGCAUAG